GAUGGGGACGGGGGAUUACACUGUUCUGCAGUGACUAUGGAUGGCUUCCUUGUGCUGAGACUUAACUCUUUGCGCCAUCAGGGAGGCCCUCCUUCCAGUUCUUGUGAGCAAGAUGCAUGUGCCAGGAUGCACUUACACUCUUUGUCUUAGAACUAGGAGGUGUUUUUCUUAUUAAUCAAGACUUUGAAAUACUGGGUCAGUAAAGCCAAUCAAAAGAGGUCUGCAGGUGUGUAAGGUAGUUCCUAUUUGUCAGCAGAAUGAGUACAGAAAGAGACUCCGAAACAACAUUUGAGGAGGAUUCUCAACCUAACGAUGAAGUGGUUCCCUACAGUGACGAUGAAACAGAAGAUGAACUUGACGACCACGAGCCUCCGGUUGAGCCAGAACAGAACCGGGUCAACAGAGAAGCAGAGGAAAACCAGGAACCGGUCAGAAAAGAUUGUACAUGGCAAGUCAAAGCAAAUGAUCGAAGCUUCCAUGAACAACCUGAUUUUAUGAACACAAAGUUUUUGUGUCUUAAGGAGAGCAAAUAUGCGAAUAAUGCAAUUAAAACGUACAAGUACAAUGCGUUUACCUUUCUACCAAUGAAUUUGUUUGAGCAGUUCAAGAGAGCAGCCAAUUUCUAUUUCCUGGUUCUUCUUAUCUUGCAGACGAUCCCUCAAAUCACAACCCUGGCAUGGUAUACCACCCUGCUGCCCUUUCUUUUAGUGCUGGGCAUCACAGCCAUCAAAGACCUGGUAGAUGAUGUGUCUCGCCAUAAAAUGGAUAAUGAAGUCAACAACAGGAUGUGUGAAGUCAUUAAGGAUGGCAGAUUCAAAACUGCCAAGUGGAAAGAGGUUCAAGUUGGAGAUGUCAUACGUCUGAAGAAAAAUGAUUUUAUUCCUGCUGACAUCCUGCUGCUUUCCAGCUCUGAGCCGAACAGCCUGUGCUAUGUGGAAACCACUGAACUGGAUGGAGAAACCAAUUUGAAGUUCAAAAUGGCUCUUGAAAUCACACACCAGUAUCUCCAAAUAGAAAAUUCAUUGGCAAAAUUUGAUGGUUUAGUUGAAUGUGAAGAACCCAAUAACCGACUGGAUAAGUUUACAGGAACGCUAUUUUGGAGAAACACAAAUUUUCCUUUGGAUGUGCAUAACAUUUUGUUGCGUGGCUGUGUGAUUAGGAACACAGAUUUCUGCCAUGGACUGGUCAUUUUUGCAGGUGCUGACACUAAAAUAAUGAAGAACAGUGGGAAAACCAAAUUUAAAAGAACUAAAAUUGAUUACUUGAUGAACUACGUGGUUUAUACGAUCUUCGUUGUUCUCAUCCUCCUCUCUGCUGGUCUUGCCAUUGGCCAUGCUUACUGGGAAGCGCAGGUGGGCAAUUAUUCUUGGUACCUCUAUGAUGGAGAAGAUGCUACACCCUCCUACCGUGGAUUCCUAAAUUUCUGGGGCUACAUCAUUGUUAUGAACACCAUGGUGCCCAUCUCUCUCUAUGUCAGCGUGGAAGUGAUUCGUCUUGGGCAGAGCUACUUCAUAAACUGGGACCUGCAGAUGUACUACCCCGAGAAGGACACACCCGCAAAGGCGAGGAUCACCACGCUGAACGAGCAGCUCGGGCAGAUCCACUAUAUCUUUUCUGACAAGACGGGCACGCUCACGCAGAACAUCAUGACCUUUAAAAAGUGCUGCAUCAACGGGCACAUAUAUGGAGACCCUCGGGAUGCCUCUCAACACAGUCAUAGCAAGAUAGAGGAAGUUGAUUUUAGUUGGAAUACAUAUGCUGAUGGGAAGCUUGCAUUUUAUGACCAUUAUCUCAUUGAGCAAAUCCAGACAGGGAAAGAGCCGGAAAUUCGACAAUUCUUCUUCCUGCUUGCGAUUUGCCACACGGUCAUGGUGGAAAGAAUUGAUGGUCAAAUCAACUACCAAGCGGCUUCCCCUGAUGAAGGUGCUCUGGUAAAUGCUGCCAGGAACUUUGGCUUUGCCUUCCUGGCCAGGACCCAGAACACGAUCACCAUCAGCGAGAUGGGCACCGAGCGGACAUACAACGUUCUUGCCCUUUUGGAUUUCAACAGUGACCGGAAGCGGAUGUCCAUCAUUGUAAGAACCCCAGAAGGCAAUAUCAGGCUUUAUUGUAAAGGUGCUGACACUGUCAUUUAUGAACGGUUACAUCCAAUGAAUCCUACAAAGCAGGAGACACAGGAUGCCCUGGAUAUCUUUGCAAAUGAGACUCUCAGAACCCUGUGCCUUUGCUACAAAGAAAUUGAAGAAAAAGAAUUUGCAGCAUGGAAUAAAAAGUUUAUGGCAGCCAGUGUGGCCUCAACUAACCGAGAUGAAGCACUGGAUAAAGUGUACGAAGAGAUUGAAAAAGACUUAAUUCUCUUGGGAGCAACAGCUAUUGAAGACAAGCUACAGGAUGGAGUCCCAGAAACCAUUUCAAAACUUGGAAAAGCUGACAUUAAAAUUUGGGUGCUUACUGGAGACAAAAAGGAAACUGCUGAAAACAUUGGAUUUGCCUGUGAACUUCUCACCGAAGAGACCACUAUCUACUAUGGGGAAGAUAUAAAUGCUCUUCUUCACUCAAGGAUGGAGAACCAGAGGAACAGAGGUGGGGUCCACACAAAGUUUAUGCCUCCAGUGGAUGAACCGUUUUUUCCAUCUGCUGGAAAACGUGCCCUAAUAAUCACUGGUUCAUGGUUGAAUGAAAUUCUCCUAGAGAAAAAGACCAAGAAAAAUAAGAUCCUGAAGCUCAAGUUCCCAAGGACAGAAGAAGAAAGACGCUUUCGGACGCAGAGUAAAAGGCGGAUGGAAGUUAAGAAAGAGCAGCGCCAGAAGAACUUUGUGGACCUGGCCUGUGAGUGCAGUGCCGUCAUCUGCUGCAGGGUCACUCCCAAGCAGAAGGCCAUGGUGGUGGACCUGGUGAAGAGGUACAAGAAAGCCAUCACGCUGGCGAUCGGAGACGGGGCCAAUGAUGUCAACAUGAUCAAAACUGCCCACAUAGGCGUUGGGAUAAGCGGACAAGAAGGCAUGCAAGCCGUGAUGUCGAGCGACUAUUCCUUUGCCCAGUUCAGAUACUUGCAGAGGCUGCUGCUGGUUCACGGCCGCUGGUCUUACAUCCGGAUGUGCAAGUUCCUACGAUACUUCUUCUAUAAGAACUUCGCUUUUACCCUGGCUCACUUCUGGUACUCCUUCUUCAACGGGUACUCGGCACAGACUGCAUACGAGGACUGGUUCAUCACCCUGUACAACGUGCUCUACUCCAGCCUGCCUGUGCUGCUCACGGGGCUGCUUGAUCAGGAUGUGAGUGACAAACUGAGCAUUCGCUUCCCUGGGCUCUACGUGGUGGGCCAAAAGGACUCACUAUUCAACUAUAAGAAAUUCUUCGCAAGCUUGUUGCAUGGGGUUUUGACGUCGAUGUCCCUCUUCUUCAUACCUCUUGGAGCUUAUCUGCAGACCGUGGGCCAGGAUGGAGAGGCUCCUUCAGACUACCAAUCUUUUGCUGUCACGAUUGCCUCUGCUCUUGUAAUAACCGUCAAUUUCCAGAUUGGCUUGGAUACUUCUUACUGGACUUUUGUGAAUGCUUUUUCAAUUUUUGGAAGCAUCGCGCUUUAUUUCGGCAUCAUGUUUGACAUUCAUAGUGCCGGGAUGCAUGUCCUCUUUCCAUCUGCAUUUCAGUUUACAGGCACAGCUUCCAAUGCGCUGAGACAGCCAUACAUCUGGUUGACCAUCAUCCUGACCGUGGCCGUGUGCUUACUGCCUGUCGUGGCCAUUCGAUUCCUGUACAUGACCAUCUGGCCAUCAGAAAGUGAUAAGAUCCUGAAGCAGCGCAAGCGCUUGAAAGCCGAGGAGCAGUGGCAGCGCCGGCAGAGCGUCUUCCGCAGGGGGGUGUCCGCCAGGCGCUCGGGCUACGCCUUCUCCCACCAGCGGGGCUACGCCGACCUCAUCUCCUCGGGGCGCAGCAUCCGCAAGAAGCGCGCCCCACUGGACGCCAUCAUCGCCGAGGGCACCGCCGAGUACAGGAGGACCGUGGAGAGCUGACGCCUCCGCUCCGAGGGGGCCUGCAGCGAGACAGCCACACAGGAAAGGUCUAUUUUUUUAUGAAAGACUCACCGGACUUUUUAUAAAAUGGAAUUUGUCACAAGGAUGACAAAGAGAUGAUCACCUUUAUGACAACCUGCCUGGCUUGGACUAUGAAGCAACAGCAAGGCCACGAAUACCUGCUUGCCUGACCUAUUGCGCAACUGCUGGCAUCACCCACCGCGGACAGGUGUGCAGCCUCCAUCCAAGGCGCCAGGAGCAGAAAGCGCCACCUGUCGUCCUCACACGGCAUUGCAUCCUAAAGUCACAAUCAGAUUUUCCUGUAUUUUGCCUUAUUAACAGAGAUCUUUUACUUACAAUGGUAAGGACAAGAUUCAGUGUUCAUCGCCUGGAAGUGAUAAUGUUUCAUGUUCUCUAUUGGCUUAAUAAUUCAGUUCAAUGAAGGAAAAUGACUUAAACUUUUCUAAGCACAGGUUUCAUUUCUCUUUCGGUUUACUGUGGAUUAAAGUAGCAUAUUGCUUAUGUUUACUCUUUCUAUCCCACAGUGUUUAGUCCCUGUUUUCAUUUAAAAUGAUACAUUUAAAUAUCCAUGGACUUUUGAAAAAGUUUUUAGAAACUGAGGAUAUCAGUGAUAAAUUGCAGAAUAUUUUGCAAAGCUUUCUUUUGAAAAGCAACCUUUGUGCCUGCCUGUAUGUAGUUUAUAAGGGACUUGAACCAGAGACCUCACUCUUUUGUUCAACUGUCAUGUCUAGAGAGAAAAGGCUGUUUGGAAGUCACAUUUUUUAAAUCAGGCUAACAGUACAUCCUUUUAAAAUUGUAAACUUCAGGUAAUUAUGUAAACUACAGAGAGUCCUCAACUUCUAAUGGGGUUGUCCCAAUAAGCCCAUCACAAAUGAAAAGUUGAAAACAAUUAACUUUAAUUCUUCCACCUUUGCCUACUUUACCUUAAACAUUCUCAGAACACUCACAUUAGCCUACAGUUGGACAAAAGCAUCUAACACAAAGCCUGUUUUAUAGUAAGAGUUGAAUACCUCAUGUAAUUUGUUAAAUUCUACAUUGACAAUGAAAACCAAAAAUGCCCCAAUUCAAAAUUUGAAGUACAGUUUAUAGUAAAUGCAUACAGCGUUUGCCCCUUCAUAAAGUCUAACAAUUAUGUUCAACUAUUGCAAGUGGGACCAUCCGUAUAUACUCAGAGGUGAAAGUUCUUUUCCUAAGCUUUUUCCCAUUUUGUGUCUUUCACAUACCAGUUUUCCUAUUCUAGCGAAGACAGAAGUGCUUUCAGUAAUCCUGUUAAUUUAUCAUUAGUCCCUUUGAAUUUCUAUGAGAAAAUCACAUGUAUAUAGUUCAUUUUUCUAGGUAUGAUAGAGGAAUGAAUGGCUCUUUAUGGAAGCAAAUUUCUGAACGUUUACAACUCUUCCUUGUAAAUAAAAAGAAUUGUGUGUGUGUUUUUUAAAGAAGUUAGCUUGUGUAAUUGUCAGUUUCAGAUUUCUCUCCUGUUUUUGCAAUUGUGGGAAAGGUGGACAAUGCAAAUGUGUCAAACACUACACUGUUGGGUGCAAUAUAAACAAUUUGAAAAUGCAAAUUGCUUUGGAUAAAUUAUUUCUAUGUUCUGUAAAUCUAAGAUUAAUGUAUAUUUUGUUUAUAAAAU